AUGACACAGGCCUAUCAACAGUUGAGAGUGACAGAGACAACCGCACAGCAGUUGACCAUCAAUACCGUGAAAGGCCUGUACAAAGUCAAGCGGUUACCAUUUGGAAUAGCAGCAGCUCCUGCUAUAUUUCAGAGGUUUGUCGAGAAGCUUCUAGCUGGCAUUGACGGCAUCGCAGUCUACCUAGACGACAUCAUUAUCAGUGGAGCAGACCAACAACAGCACAAUCGACGGCUGGAAAGAGUACUGGCAAGACUGGAACAGUCCGGACUGAGACUUAAGAAAACAAAGUGCAAAUUUGCACGUACCGAAGUGGAAUUCCUAGGACAUAACAUCACAGGUUCGGGCGUGCGGCCGACAGAUACAAAAAUACGGGCACUACUGAAAGCUCCUGAGCCAACGUCGAAAGAGACCUUACAGUCAUUCCUCGGGAUGUUAGCCUUUUAUGAUCGUUUUUUGAAAGACAGAGCAACUACGGCAGCACCACUCUAUAAACUGCUUGCGAAAAACGCAACGUGGAAGUGGACCAGGGAACACAAGACUGCAUUUGAGGCGCUCAAGGAACAGAUUUGCCAUGCUCCUGUGCUGGCCCACUACGACCCACACAGACCACUGAUACUAUCAUGCGACGCCUCGCCGUACGGUGUGGGUGCGGUACUGGCGCAAGAAGACAAUGAAGGCACCGAAAGACCUGUCGCUUUCGCAUCCAGGACCUUGGGACCAGCAGAGAGAAAUUACUCUCAACUAGACAAAGAAGGCCUGGCAAUCGUGUAUGCGGUUGUACAUUUCCACAUGUACUUUGCGGGUCGACACGUGCAAAUAUACACUGACCACAAGCCGUUACUCGGGAUCCUCGGAACUACGAAACCUGUGCCACAGUUGACGUCGCCCCGAAUGCUGAGAUGGUGCGUUAAGCUUGCUGCCUAUAGCUACGAUCUAAGCUAUCGUCCGGGAAAGCUGAACUCGAAUGCCGACGUUUUGAGCAGGCUGCCGUUGCCGUCUACAGAUGAUGAGCCGUGCCACCCAGCGGAUGUGCUAAUGUUCGAAGCAUUAAGCCGUGCUCCCCUAACUGCGGAAGAAAUCUCGUCAGCAACGCAGAGCGAUCCAGUUCUUUCCGAAGUGUACACCGCUGUUAAAGCAGGGACGUUGUACAAGUUACGAGACGCACAGUUUCGCCAGUUUCGGGCAAGAGCCACGGAAUUUUCCUUCCACAGAGGCUGUAUUCUGCGUGGAUCAAGAGUGGUCAUUCCACAAAGCAAAAAGAAGCAGGCGCUAGAGUUGGUGCACGCUGGUCACCGUGGCAUCGUGGCUAUGAAAGCCUGUGCUCGGAGUUACAUGUGGUGGUGUGGUAUCGACAACGACAUAGAGGAGAUGGCCAAGACGUGCAUCAGUUGCGGGAAGAAUCAGAAGUCUCCCGCGAAGGUGGUACAGCCAGAGUGGACUCGACCCAGCAGCCCAUGGCACACCAUUCAUCUAGACUUUGCUGGACCUAUUCGAGGUAUCACAUUCCUAGUAGUAGUGGAUGCCUAUAGCAAGUGGAUGGAGGUCCGGCAAGUGGAAAGUCCAAACUCAGCUACUCUGAUACGAGUGCUCCGCGGUCUCUUUGCGACAUUUGGAACUGCGCAAAAAGCAGUGUCGGAUAAUGGAACUGCUUUUGUGUCCGAGGAGAUGUACCAAUGGGCAAGCCGAAAGAAUGGUCGGUUAUUUUAA